AUGACUAGGGAUACUAUUCUAUGUGGCGAUUUCAAUGCUCGGUUGGGUUCUCUCACUGGUGAUGCUAUCUCUAAUGCUCGUGGUAAUGCUCUCAAACCUUGGUUUGAUGAACACUGCUUGUCUGUACUCAAUGCGUCUUUGGCUUUUGGUGUUACGACGUACUCUUCUUUUCGGCAGCAACAAGAAUUGAGUAGUAUCAUUGAUUUGUUUUUGACAAAUAUUGGUGAUGUUGCUUUGGUGAAUCCUCAACUGGUGGUUGAGUCUGAUCUGUCUCUUGGUUCUGACCAUCGAUUGAUGUCACUUACUUUCGGGUAUGUGCCACCUCUCGAUGACACUGUGGCUCCUGGUGAUUCUGUUCUGGCUCCUCGGCGUCAAUGGAAGCUCUCGAAAUUGACGAAAGAGAAGCCUUUGGGCUUACUCCGUGAAUCCUUUCGAUCUUCUGUUGCUCCUCUGGUUGGUACUCUUUCUGGUUUGGUGUCUGCUCCUCCUGGUGUUCGUCCAGAUAUUGAUGCACUCAACGAUUCUUUGAAUCAAUGUUUGUAUGAAUCUCUGGAUAGUUCUAUUGGUGUGAAAUCUGGUCGUCCUGGCCAUUGGAAGAAGUACUGGACGCAAGAAAUUCAGGAUGCUGCUACUGUACGUGAUCACUCUUAUAGUCAAUGGAGGCAUGCCUUUGGUAUUGUCAAAGUUGAAAAAUGGUCCUUAUACAAAAUUGCGCAUCGCAAGUUUCGCUCCCUGGUGCAAGCUGCAAAGCGAAGGUCCUGGAAACAGUUCUGUGGUAUUCUAGAAAAGGAUUUCUCAAAAGCUACUGCUGCUAUCAAGCGCAUCAAGCGUAACAAAGAGUCUUCUGCUACCUACAGUCAUCCCGACGGUCCUGCUGCUUCUGUCACUGCUAUGGGUUCUCAUCUCGCUUCGGUGUAUGAUGGCUCUCUGCUUGCCACUGCUACUCGUCCUGCUGCUCCCCCACUUUUGACUCUGUUCUGCCUUUUGUGUGCCUGUGGAUUUGUCACUGUUCGAUGUUGA